AUGAUUCUGAAGGAUACAUAUGGGGUCAUCCAGUCUUCAAGAGCUUCUGGUAAGUUUCCUUCUGCUGACACUUCUUUAGAUUAUGUUUCAAUGUCGUCUAGAAUCUUACCACUUACACCUCCAUCUCAAUCUACCAUUUCUGAACCAAUUCCAAUACCACCACCAAAAAUAAAUCCACAAAUAUCAACACCUAUCAUAGAAACUCCACCACCAGAAAUAAAUCCACAAAUAUUAACACCUAUCAUAGAAAUUCCACCACCAAUAUCUACUCCCACUUUAGCAACAUCUGUCAUAGAAACUCCUCUAACUUCUUCUCUUGUUUUGGAACAACAAUCAAUACCACCACCAUUAUCUCCUCCACAGUUACAAACUACACCCAUCUCACCACCACCAACUAUUUCUGCUCCCCAACCAAAUAAUCCAAAUGUUACAACACCUAGAACAUCUCCUGCUAGAAGUGUUUCUGACGAACAUAUUUCCGAAGGCACUCCUGAAGGAAUUUUUAACUUUGAACCAACAAUCACCUCACCAGAAUCAUCCCCCAUUAUUCAACCCUCACAUCCCUCUGUUUUUGGUCCUGACUUUAACGAGUCCAGAAUUAACCUCACUAUUAAAUAUCCAAAAAUGCCAACACAAUCCUCUCCUGACCUUGGUAAGGUUCUAAAUGAUUUUUAUUAUGAAUCUAAGAGGCGUUUGGAGAAAGCAAUGAUUUCCAGUCAUUCUUCUAUAAACCCUUCUACAAGUGAUUCAACUUGGGAAGCCUAUAGAAGUUGGAUGAACUCCGAGAUUUCCAAGAUGAAGGAUCUUGAGUACACUCUGGCUGAAAGUAAAUGUUAUUAUGAGUUCGUGCCCUUAAUGGAACUGUGGAAGCUGAGGAAUUCCCAAUUAUGCCUUCCUGCACCUAAAAUCAAGGAAGCCUCUCCAGAAGCUACGGAAAAAGAAGAAGCUCCGGAAACAGAAAUUGUUCAACACAUUGAAUCUGCUGCUCUAGAACCUUCUGCUCAUGAACCUCAAGACUCUGCUAUGGAAAAAGCUCCAAACUAG